GAGACCUGGACCAAUGAGGGACUCUGCGUUACCUGAUGUGAGACCUUCAUUGACGGUUUAAGGGCUGCGUUUAUGCUGGUCGACGCGCAGCAGGUGUGGGAUUUUAGCGUCAAGUUUUACAAGUUUUUAUGUGUUUUAGGUAUUCUGAUAUGGAGCGACCGAGCCUUCGCAGACUAUUUUCCGCUUGUGAUGUGAACAAGUCUGGAAAGAUCGAGUAUGAGGACUUCACCGUCGUUUGCCGGGAGCUCAACGUCCCCGAGAGUCAGACACAAACUCUGUUCGACAAGUUCGACGCGGACCGGGACGGGUACAUCACCUACAGCAAGUUCUCCUCGAGGUUUCAGGAGGUUUCAGAGACUCUAAACCUGGCUUCUUUGGGCACCGGGCUGAACCACAACCCAAGCAGUCCGGGGGAAGAGUUCAUGGGAAGGAUAGAUACGGAGUACAUCAUCUCCGAGAGGUAAAAUAACAUCCGGCUGUACUCUCCAUGUUGACCAGGAUUCAGCUCGCCAGCGGCUACUGCGGCUUCUGUGCGGUUAUUUACGUCAGUUAACCGUCACCUUACGUCAGGAGGUCCGCUCAUAAACAUAGAUAGAAGUCCGUGUAUUCACUUUAUCACGAUAUUCCCAAGCGUGUGAUUAUCACCAAAAACAUCUGAUCAAAUUUUUCUCAGGCCCUGAGUUUGUUCUGUAAUAUUGGCUUGUCUUCGCAGUGAUUAAACGUUAACCAUGUUGUGGUCAUUAGAAUUAUCCAGAGAGGCCCUAUAGAAAGUUUGUUAUCAAUGUUCUGUAGAAAAAUCCAUACUGAAGUCUGACCAGCCUUUGUCUUUUCCUAAAAAAUGUCACUGAGAUAGCACUGACACCUCCUUAAAUACAAAAGAUCUGAUACUGGUUAUUAUAGUUUAACUUUUGUCAAAUGGGCUACUGUCAAAUCUAAAAUAACUUUGGUAGUUUGGUUGGAAUCUCCUUAAAAGCAAAAAUCUUUCAUGUUGUUAUACGGCUACACCAAUUUUACAGAUUUAUGCACUUAUAGACACCAAAUUCAAGCCGUCAAAGUUGGGCAAAGUCCAUAAGAUGAGCCACUUUUCAUAUUUCUGAUCACUACAUCAAGGCAAUCAUAGUUUUGUCUCUUACUAGUGUAUCUGCAUAUAUUUCAAGAUGUUGUUCAUCCCUGCAAACCAACAGAAUGAGUGUAAACAUAACUGUCUUGAUAAUAUAGCAUGCCCCAAAAAAGUGUUCUCAUAGGAGCGGGGUAAGUUGAGCCGCAUCCCUACUACCCCUCCACUCUCCAUCCCAGCCCUCCCUCACCUUCUCUCUCUCUAAUAACACUCACUUCUUCACAUUCAUGUGUAUUUUUAUCUAUUAUACACUACUCAACUGGUACAAUCAUUCUUUUUAUUAUUAUUACAUAUAACUGCUAAAAAGCUGUUUUGUAAAAAGUCAUUUUAACAUGAGAAUGUCUUUAAGUGAUUCAGAACAUUCACAGCUGUAUUUUUGAAAAGAAAAAGUAACACAUUUCAACAAUCUGAACUGAAACUUUGAUCCUCUCAUCAGACUUCUUUACUUUCUCAGUUGAUCCACUGGCUCAACUUACCCCAGAACUACUGUUAUGACUUUAUUAGUCCUCUAAGCUAAAAUGGUGGACUUUUAUGCUAGGUUUUUUUGACCUCAUGUUGUAGCUCAUAGAUACCACAAUUGAUGUAUAAAACAAAUUUAAAAUGAUCUUUUUUUGAUCUGAACACAACUCUGAUAAAACUUGUGACAGACUAACUUCACUUUCAAGAGUGAAAAAUGUUUUUUGGAAAUAAAUGUGUCUAACCCCUUCACCCAUGAGCUUCUAACCUUCACAGACUUCAUGAAUUGAUGCCCAUCUCCUAAAUAUUUGGUCACAUGAUCAAUUUCUUUUACCAUUUCCAAGCAACAGGGGGUGGCUCAACUUACCCCAAUCUCCCCAACUAAAGUCCCACUAGCCUUUUGCCUUUUUCUAAUGCUGUUGUCACGCAGACAGCACAGCCGACAACUCCUCAAAUACAAAAGAUCUUUACUAAUUUAAUUUUAGUUUAACUUUUGUCAAAUGGGCUACAGUUAAAUCUAAAAUGACUUUGGUCAUUUUUAUAGACACCAAAUUCAAGCUGUCAAAUUUGGGCUUAUAAACUGUUUUAUUGAUUUAUGUUAGGCAUAACUUCUUGUUACGUGUUAAGGCGUCAUGUCAUGUAAAAACAAAACAAAACAGGAAAACGUCACAAAAUGGUGAUUAAUAUCUGUCUUUGUGUGUUGUGUAAUGUGCUGUUUGCACAUCUCUCUGAGCUCAACAUGUGAUGUCAAUGUUGGUUCUUACAGUCACAUUAUUUGUUUAAUCAAAUGUUGUUACCGUCCCAGCAAUUAAUUCCACCUUAAAACAAAAUAGGCCUGAAAACACUUUUUGAACCCAUACAAACCAAAAGCUUUUAUGUAAUUUUUUGCGACUAGUGUUGAUGUGCUGAAAUUAUGAGUCCUACACAUGCUGAGCUUAGAGGUGAACCACAGAUCAUGUGAAAGGACUGUUUUUUAGACUAAAACUACUCCUUCAUCCUUAAACCUGUAAGUGAUUUGAGGGGGUAAGUAUGUAACGUCAGAGAGACAGGAGUCUGACCACUGACCAGUUCUCACCCGGGGUCACUAUUUGUCCUCCCCACACAGUCUCAGGGAGCAGCUGAUUGAUCUUUACCAGGCCAUUCACACCUCUGCAAACAUGGUUGUGCUGCGGCAGUAUGAGGACACCAUUCGCUCCCUGGUCAACCAAAGUCAGGACAGCAAGAUGCAGUGUGAACAGAUGGAGAUCAGCCUAAAGCGGUAAGUACAAACAUCAGGUUUUCUUUGAGUGUGGGGGGUCAUUAGAGAUGACAGCAUCUCACCUGUGAGAAAAAUAAUAUCAUGUAACUACAAUACAGGGUCAUGAUGAGAGGCACUUAGUGUCCUGGAGCAUGAGAUUUUCAAAUGAAUGCUUCAAAAUUCAACUAUUUUUAGAGUUGUUUUUAGAGGGCAUCAGUAGCUCAGGAGGCAGAGUGGAUUCCCUCCAUAUUUAGUCUGUUUGUUGUGUCCCUGGGCAAGACACUUAACCCACCUUGCGUCCAGUGUGUGUCCUCCACUGGUGCAUGAUUGUGAGUGUUGUGUGGUGGUGGUCAGAGAGACCGUAGACGCAAACUGGCGGCCACGUUUCCGUCAGUCUGCCUCAGGGUAACUUUGACUGCUAAGGUAGUUUACCACCACCAGGGUGUGACUGUGUGGGUGAAUAAAUGAUGUAUCCAACAUAAAGUGCUAUAAAAUCUGAUGCAUUUUUUUAUAGUUAUUAUUUUGUAUCAUAAAACAUUAUAGUCUUAUCUGAAUUAUAGCUGUCAAGCUUGUUGUGACAAAAGAUGAGUUAUGGGCUGCUGCCCCCUUGUGGCUAUGGACCACAGAUAGUGGACAAACUGCUCACUCUGAGGCUUUAUCAUUUCACAUGAUUACCAAAUACUUAGGCACACAUUAAGGAAAACUAGCACCCACAAAUGUAGAUCUACUUUUGACCCCCUUUUGCUUAGUUUAUUGUCUCUUCCAGCCUGUAAGAGCCCUUUGUCGCCUGCUUUUAAAACUUCAUUUUCUUCCUUUUAGAAGCUUGAAUAAAUCAGCUACAUACAGAUAAAAGAGGCUGAUGAAAGUGGUCCAGACUAAAGACCUGAUGUAAUAGUUUAGCUUUCUUUUGAUUUGGUACCAUGGCUAACCCUGUGAGGUUUACAGCUUCAAUAUCAGAGACAUUGAUCUGAUAACUUUGGCCUUACAGAUGGUGUCGCCAGCCAGCUCACUGAUCACUGAACUGACAUAAAAAGAGAAACAGAUGGAAAUAUCUCAAUUAUGUGAUAACUUUGUCUCAGCUCUGUCCAGAAGAAGUUCACAUCCUGUUCACGCACUGUACAUCUUUACAAUAUCUUAAGAGUGUCUUAAGAAACUUCCAUCAGUUUGUUUGACUCAAGGCUUCUGUGAUCUCUCGGAGUUGAAAGGUAACACUCACUUUUUAAACCCUCUUUUGGCCAUGGCUUAAAAACAGAUGGUGACAUUUAGAAAAACACUUUGUAUUCACAUCCAUAGCCUAGGAAGGUAAAGGGAAAUCAUGAACAUAUUACAUCUGAUGUGAUCUAGAGCUGAUGGAUAUUUUUGUGAUUAUUCAAGAGAACUUGGCUUGUUUGUUUCUCUAAUUAAACUAACACACUCACAGACACACACCAGAGCAAGAACAUCAAAGAAUGACAAAGUCAAAUCAGGUUGUUUUUAUAGCCUAACUAUCCUGAGGGGUACAGUGCGUCGUGUCCCUGCGUAGAGAACGAUUCAGAGCUGUGUGUCCAGACCUGCGUUUUAUUGAUUUCGAACCCUAAAGUAAUGCACAGCUCCUCCCUUUUUCAUUUCCUCUCCCAGGAUGAAAACCAGGACAGGGAGCCUACUGUUCCUCUCAGCCACAAGCUCAUUGGUUUUGCUAAAAUUAAGCUUCGAGUGGUUUUUGUCGCGACAUGUGAUACAGCUCUCUAUCAGCCCCUUAUACUCCUCUAUAAUAAAUAAAAUAAUUAUUAUUCACUGGAAAGAUGAUCCUAUUACAGCGAUCACACCAUUUUUACAAAGAAAAACCUUUAAAUCAACAGCUCAAAAUACAUAUUAGCUACAUGUGUGACAUGAGUCUGGACUAAGCUGGGUGUAAACUGAGACAUGAUGGAGACUCAACUCUUUUAUAAAAUGAUGCUGCUAAAGGUUGAAACUGCAGGGAUCACUGUUGUUGACCUGCUUGCUUCCCAGCUGUUUUAACUAACGCGCAUCAAUCUCACCUCUUCCCAUCUCUCUCUUUCUGCAUCUCUCCUCUGUAGAUUGUUUGACUUUUGUUUCUAAAGGUUUGUGACUUGUGCUUUCGUGAGAACAGCUAAAUUGUAUCACAGAGUCUGUGAAGUAUUUUCAAGAUGAAGGAAACUUCUUUAGAGAUAAGGAUGUUUUCCUCCACAAGGUCAAUUGAUACAGUUCUAACAUUCAUUAAGCCUGGCAGAGGUUUUACUACAUGUGUGAAGGCUUGAGGAACAUUUGAUCUAAGUCCUAUUAUUUCCUUGAAUUCCAUCAAAUGAUUCACUCACAUUGUACCUUCAAACAAUCAAUGAAUUUCAGCCUUACUGUGGAAACAGCAGAGUGUUUCAGCUGUUUUUCUCCUUUUCUCUUCCUCCUUGGUUCACUAACAAUAUGAGAAAGGUGACAUUCCUCACUCAAGGAAGCAGGAAGCUUAAAUGCACUGCCUUGUUUUGGUUUUUAACCUCUUUCACAAACUGGCUAUCUUCACUUAUAUUCUCAUGUAUUGUGAAAUAAACAUUUUAAAUCUAGUAAAUCUGUUAAAAGUGUUAUAAUAAUCUGUGAGGUGGUCUUGAGAAGUCUCCCUGAAACAGUCUAGUACACCUGUGGAAUCCCCUCUUCUAAAGCAGUCCCUCCCACCCUCCCUCUUCUCUGGUUGGUUCAUGUCGUCUGUCGAGAGCAGAGCGGUCACACCUGUAAACAGAUGGAGUCAAAUUAGGGAGAAUUGAAUACCUUUGAACAGAGGCGAAUAGAUUUUCCUCCAGCUGUUUUAAACUCUCUUCUCUGUGUAAGCAGAUCCGAGGAGAUGAACGCCAGUCAGCUGACUGAACUGGAGGAGGACAUUCAGCAGCAGCUCGCCAGAACAGAGGAGAGAGUAAGAGAGGAGGUGAGUGAAAGCUGCAGUAAACUUUUUAAGCUGGGGAUGCAAUCUAUAGUCAUUUGGCUCUUGUUUAUUCAGCUGCAGAUUAUCCAUAUCUGUACUUGGAGUAAUUGAAUAAAGGAACAUAUUUGAUUUCAUAAAUAUGAGGUGAAACUUUCUUCACAUUCCUCAUGGUUCCUGAGAGCUACCUGCAUAUUUGCGGUGCAGUACAUGGCAGUGGAUUACACAUCCUUGCACAAAAAGCCUCUGUAUAGUUAGAUGAAAGCCUCUCUUUAAGCCUCAGCCAGUCUGCACCUCCUUACUGCUUUAGUUUCAUCUUUGUAGGAGCGGAGGAAAAUGGAGGCAGCAGUUGCAACCAUGCGAAGGAAGCACCUGAACGAGGUCACGGACUUGAGUGCAACUGUGGAUAGGCUGUUAAAAGUAAGGUUCCUCACACAACCUGCAUAACGAUGUUGUUUCAUGUUAAAAACAUUGUAAACAGGUGGCCUGGUGUGUUUCUGUAUCACUGAAGAGAGAGGAAAAGCUGCUGUACCUGAAAGACAACAUAAAAGCUGCAGCUCCUACAGAAUCUCCAGAAUAGCCCUUGCUACUCAAAGACGGAGGAGUGUUUUUUAAAAUUGUUCACAUUUUUUGGGUCUUCCCUCAAAGCAGAUCUCUGGAGACCCUAUAUCUUGUCCGCUCUCUAAGUAUGUAAACAGUGUCAGGGUCUAUCUGAGAAAGAACACACUUCACUGAUUGGGAAAUUUUAUACUUUCUACAGCAUCCGGAUGUCAGGCUUUAAUGUUGGUUGUCUGUUGAGGUAGUUGCCUAAUGUUCAGGGUAAAACUGAAAAUGUUUAAUAGCAUAGUUUGCUUUUGAGCUCUUGCGAUUCACUUAGGUGUCAGGAUGAUUUAGGGACCCCUGUGGACUGGGGUUGUCCUGAUACGAUGAGCUACAACACAACACAACACGACACAGUACAAUAGGAUAAGUUGUUGUUGACCACACAGAACCAUCAGUGUUGAUUUCAGUCUGUUUCAUUACCAGCUAAAAGUUACUCACUUGCGCUUAAAGCUAAUAUGCACACUGUAGAACCAAAUAUUUAAAGUGUUUGAGAAAAAAACACUAUAUUCAUGCAUUUGUUUAUGUUAUAUCUUCUAGUAUUAGUUUAGCUUAAAGGGAUAUUCCAGCGUAAAAUUAAUUUUGUUAAAAUUAACCGAGUUAGACCCCCCCCCCCCCCGAGAUAGGAAUCUUGCCGAUCGCUUGCUUCUGUAGUUAUACCAACUUUAGUAACGACCACACGAUAGCAAUACAGAGCAGUCUAAGGAGCCAUGAACAAACUCAACUAAUGCUCAGAACAGCACCUAACUUCAUCAACAGUACAUAUAGGGUCCCAGCCAUAGUACUAGCUACCAAACGUCUUUUUAACUUUGCCUGAUUUCUUUAGUAAAGAGACUAAACACAACUCACCUACUCUCCUCCAGCAGACACUUGUUUGUAGCAAGAAAUUAGGCCAGUCCAUUACAGACUACAGCGGGGUGACGCAGCUCAAGGAAGAACAUUUAUGAUCAUUUCUUCAUAAAGAUGCAAUCAGACUGAGACGUUAAGGCAGAAGAACUACUGUGUCUGCAGUGCAAAAUGAUCAAUAUGGUGAUUAUUACUGCAAGGAAAUGAUGAAGAAAUGAUCAUAAAUGUUCUUCCUUGAGCUGCGUCACCCCGCUGUAGUCCGUAAUCAACUAACCCAAGGUCUCGCUACAAACAAGCGGCUGCUGGAAGAGAGUUGCUGAGUUGUGUUUAGUCUCUUUACUAAAGAAAUCAGGCAAAGUUAAAAAGAUUUAAAAGAUGUUUGGUGGCGAGUGCUAUGGCUGGGACCCUAUAUGUACUGUUGAUGAAGUUAGGUGCUGUUCUGAGCAUUAUUUGUGGCUAUAGAGUGGCGUUUUGGUUGAGGUUUGUUUAUGGCUCCUCAGACCGCUGUGUAUUGCUAUCGUGCGGUCGUUAUUAAAGUUGGUAUAACUAGAGAAGCAAGAGGUCGGCAACAUUCAUCUCUCAAGGGGGUGUCUAAUUUGGUGUUAUAGUGUGUUUGACCCUAAAUUAAAUUUACGCCGGAAUAUCCCUUUAAACUGUCAUUUAUACCUCUGCAGGUGAAACUGAGCAUAUCCUCUUUUUGUGUUUUCCAGAAGAUGAAACUACUGAUCUUAAAAUGUUAUCAGCUCCUUUGUUUAAUUUUUCAAACUAAAAAAUGUUAAUCAAAAUAUGAAAUUGAGCAACAAAUAACACGUUUUUAUUUCCACUCACAAGAGCCAAGAGGCCUCAGACCUAAGCCAAACAAAAGAGGAGCUGACUCGACUGAACAAACAAGUCAGCGAGCUCUCUCAGGUAGGAAGCACUUUUUUAUGUUUUAAUACCUUCAAAGUUUGUGGAGAUUUAUUCCAGAAGUGUGACAGAUCAUUUAUAUCUCCUCACAGGAAAACGAGCAUUUGCGGUCGUCUCUUCUGCAAGCUCAGACCAACACCUCCAUCCUGCACUCAGACCUGGACAAACUGAAGAACAUGUACGCGGACCAAAAGGCUCAACAUGAAAGGUGAGGCAGCCUCUAAAAGCUCAGCUCAGUUUAGCUCAGCUGACACCGCUCCAGCGCGAUAUUAACCUUUUAUAACUUUGCAGAGAAACAGAAACGCUGCGGGGGAUGAUUGAGGAAUACCAGUCCUAUUCCAGUCAGAUUCAGAUCCUCCAGUAAGUCUUCUGUUCACUUUAAAGCCGUCUUCAUAGACCUACAGGGAAUGUGUAGGAUCAUUGAAAAAUAUCAUAAAAGUCUUCUCUGCUACAAAUCUUUUCACAUUAUAUUCCUGUUUUAUCCAAAGAUCUUAACUCUAAGAGACAAUCUAUGCCUUUUUUUUAACAGCUACGGCUGAUGUAGCAUCCAGAUUGCGAUACAAAAGUGUAAUUAAAGGUUUACAACACAAAAAUAUCUAUCAACAUUUUUAUUUUUAAAAAAGCUAUAGGGGGGAGUGUCCAUGUAGAUUCUCAUUCAUCCAGGUCAUGGUUUUCUUGAAGACUUAAAAACAGGCUAAAAAAACAGACUCUACACAGUCCAGUUGCCUGUUUUUAAGUCUUCAACAAAAAUAUAGGGGGGAGUGUGAAACAAUAAUCAAUGAAUAGUGGAAAUUAUUGAGCAAUGUCCACCAAUUAGUCUUUCAAAAUCUUUGUUUCUGUACGGUUUGAUUAUCUUGGGUUCAGCUAAAUAGAGAGAGCUGUUUGAUCAUUUGACGGACAAAUUGAAAAUACAUUAGUGAUAUUUCUGUCUCUCUUACUAAAAGGAGCUUUUGAAUAUCCAUAAUAACAUUAAUCAGAUGACAUUGCUUUUCUAUUUAUGUGUCAUGGGCUUUCCGUUUUUUCACAAUUCCUACUGCCCGGAACAAACUUCUUUUUAAUUUUUUUUAUUUUAGGCAUUUUGUCUUUAUUUGAGAACACAGAGUAGUGAUUGUGGCUGGUAGUUGAACCAGUGACCACUGUGACUGUCGUGUCUGUGCCAGGGCUGCACUAAAACUGCUAGACCAACAGGAUGAACAUUUGACAUCUACAAAGGAACAUUUUAAGGAAAGAUUUCAGUUCAUAUAGUUAAUGUCCGUUGUUAGUGGUCCAAAUAGUAAUUUUGAAGAAUCAAAAUUUAGAAAAUGAAUAUCGAUAAUUAAUUUUGAAUGUCAAAAAUACAUUGUGACUAGUAAAAUACAGUUGUAGAUAAUUACAGAGAAAACUACAACCAGAAACCAUCUGAUAACAGAACAAGAACAAGAGUGUUUCUGAAAAAUACAUACACAGUUCUGACUUCUUUUGUUCAAGCUAUUAGUGUGGACCAUUUCUUCAACAAUCUCGGACAACCUGAAGAACCACAUAUAUAAGGCUCAUUACUGUUAAGUGGAAGUCAGAUUUUAGAUUGAAGCGCAGUGGCUUUGGGGACAAGGUUGUACUCUCAAAGGCAAAUUAGGAAUAAUUUUGUGCUUUGCAGUCUCUUUCACAUUCUGUUCCUGAAAUGACAUCUAGGUCACACUGUUGUGUACCAGAAAAUGCAAAUGUUAGUGCACAUAUCUGAACCUGUCUUCUAUUUUCCCCUUGAACACAACAUCAGGGAAAUGAACAAAAAGCUGUAUGACAGUAACGACGGGCUUCGCUCUGCAUUGGCCAGUGAAGCGGUUGCAGCUAAGAGGAGGGUAAGUCCCUUAUUUGCCGAUGACAUAUUUCCUCAUCUCCUCUUGUUUCACAUCUGAUCCAAGUUGAAGGUCAAUUGUUUUCACUGGUGUAAGUGCAAAGUUUCCUCCCUGACAUUUCUGAUCUGAUCAGCAGCUGUCUCCCCAAAAUGAAAUCCCAGCCCGCAAGAUGAAACCGCUCCGACAGAGCACACUCAUCUACGGCUGGUACGUUUUUAACACACCUCUGUGGAUCUGUAGAUUGAUCUCAGUGAAUUAAACUGUCACUGCUGAAGCCAGUGUGUGUGUAUGUGUGUGUGUUCUUUGUGCAGCUCAGAGCCAGAGCCCAGCAAAACAUCCUACGCACACGUGACCUCUUGGGCUGAUAAGUACCUGGACAGUGAAGUUUCCUUGCCGAUGGACACAGUGGACAGUGCUGGCAGUGAUUACGACAGUGAUGACAACAUGAGUUUAGCAGAAACUGUCCACCACAGCUACUCGUACGUCCCGUCUGAUAUGGAGGUCAGAACACUCCUCAGUGUCUCUCUUCAGUCAACUUUUCAUGAAGCUGCGACUUUAAAUAUUUUCAUUAUUACAGAUUUCAGAGAUAAAAUCUGAACCUCCAGUGUCAGUGACUCCAAGUAGAGCCAGCUCCAUCGCAUCGUCACUACGAAGACGUUUGUCUGCAUUCUCAACAAAGGUACAUCCAGCUAGCUGUCCCAUCGAGCAUUUUUUUUGGUCUAGAAGAGGUCUAAUAGACGUCCGGUCUAAAAUCAGGCUAACACAGGUCUAAAAAUGAAAGUUUUUUACACGUCUAAAUUUAGACCAAGUUUAGACUAGCCAGCUAACAGAGGUCUAAUCGCCCUGUGAGCAUUUUUUGCUCAAUUGCUAUCAUAGUUAUUUUGGUUAAGUACUUGGAGAUCAGUUAUGCAACUCACAGUUGCUUUUUAAAAUAAAUAGUUAUCGAAUAAUAGGUUUAAGUGCAACAUCUAAAUUCCGUCUAAAAAUACACAGAAUGGUCUUGAUGGUUGAAAUUAGGUUUAAAAAAUCUAGACAUCUAAUAGCUGUCUAUUGCUCAGUGGGGUGUUUCAGUGUGUGUGUGUGUGUGUGUGUGUGUGUCUGUGUGUCUGUGUGUGUAAACAGAGGGAAAUGUUUGUCAUUCUUUGUCUUUGUUGUCGUCUUUUUCUUGUUGUUAUUCUUUGUGUGCUUCUUGCUCUUCACCUUCUUCUUCGUUGUAGUCGAUUUCUAUUACUUCUCCUUUGUUGUCCCUGUAUUCCUUUGAGUCUUCCAUCUGAUCUUUGACUUCUUUAUUUUCUUCUUCAUCAUUUUCUUUGUUGUAGUUGUCAUUGUCUUCUUCUCUUUCUUCUUCUUCCUCCUCUUUGUCUUCUUCUUUGUCUUCAUCUUGUCGCAGUCAUCGUCUUCUUCUUAGUCUUUAUAGUCGUCUUCUGUUGCAUCUUCUUCUUCCUCCUCUCCAUCUUCUUCUCGGCAUACCGGCAGUAUGUCUCUUAGGACUACAGUAACAAUCAAUGACUUGAAAACCCAAGAAAUCCUACUCAAAACCUCAAACCCCCCUGAUUAAAACAUCUUCCUGUUGAGAUGAGCUUGAUUUAAGAGUGAUCAGGACACUUUUUUAUACACUAAAAGCCAUUAAAAAAACAAAAACAAAGAAAGAAACUACAGAAAUUGAUUUUGUGGUUUUGUCUUGUUAACCAUCUCACACCAAAGAACACUGAAACUUUAACUCUUCAGGUUGAGUUCUGCUGUUGUAGCACCAUCAUCAGGACAAAAUUGUAUUGCAUCCAUAAUUUUUGUUGCAGGCGAAGCCUCCAACCUGUCCAAUACUGUAUCCAUGUUUUUCUAAAUACUCAGUAUUUCACUGAUGAAUAUGUGCUUUACUAAGAUGUUCUUCAUGGUUGACAUCAAACUUGCUUAACAUCCUAAACAUCUGUUCUUUUAUUCUAGGACAUUAUAUCUAUAAAAACAAAGACUUCAUCUGAGUUCAGUUUGUUGUUUGUUUCUCAUCUCUGAAGCCUUUGGAGGCAGACAUAGAAGAAACUGGGGAACCGGCUCCAAUGUACCGUCUGGUUCUAGCUGGAGACGCAGGUUCUGGAAAGUCCAGUUUCCUCCUGCGACUGAUGCUCAACGAGUUCAAGGGAGAUAUUCAGACAACGCUGGGUAGGUGCAGACACAUUACUUUGAAUCAUUAACACAAAAAUAAUCUUUAGUGCAGGCGUUUCAAUCUGCUUGUUGGUUCUCAGGCGUUGAUUUCCAGAUGAAGAAGAUGCUGGUGGAUGGAGAGAUGACAAACCUGCAGAUAUGGGACACAGCUGGCCAGGAGAGGUAUUGCACUCAUCACCACUGUGUCCACCACCUGCUUUGAAAAUAUACUUAACUAAAUGCUGUUUUUGAUUUAAUUUCAGGUUUCGUAGCAUCGCCAGGUCUUAUUUCCGGAAGGCUCAUGGAGUCCUGCUCCUCUACGAUGUUUCAUCAGAGAGCAGCUUUGUGAACGUCAGAGCGUGGGUGGAUCAGGUCGAGGUACGUGUUAAUGUUGAAUCAAUGACAAAAAAAUGAACCAUCCCAAGAAGCAGGAAUGUGUUUUAUCCUUUCCUCUGUUUUUAUUCAGGACUCAACGGAGGACAAAAUCCCCAUGUGUGUUAUUGGAAACAAGGUGGACCUCCGGGAGCAGAAUCCAGAGGGAAAGUGUGUCAGCAGUAUGCACGGAGAGAAGUUGGCGAAGGUGUGUAACUUUUCACUCCACCUGGUGGAAAUUUGUGUACACAGACGUCCGGCCUCCCAGGUGUGUAAAUAAACUGAGUGCAGUCAGGUAUGUCAUUGCUUUCCUUGCAGACAUACGGAGCCUUGUUCUGCGAAACGAGCGCAAAAGAGGGAACAAAUGUUGUCGAGGCUGUGCUCCAUCUAGCCAGGUAGGAACCGUGAGGUAAAGAGAGUUCAGCUGUCAAGUAUUUAUCCUUCUCUUAGACCUGUUUUCCCUUUUCCACAGAGAAGUCAAGAAGAAUUCCGGUCAGAGGCGGCAGUCUUAUUCUCAACUCCGACUCGGUCCGUCCUACCAGAAGAAGAGUCCAAACGCCUGCUGCUGAUGGUACAGAACAAAGAGAACAAAGGACCAGUGGAGGACCAAGCGCUCAGUUUGUGCUUUUUGAUGAAGGACUUAGUUUUAAUGUCAGGACAUUUUAAACCUUUUAGAAGCGCCAGAAAUAUUUCAUUAUAUGUUUUUAGGAUCAAAAUGGAGAUUUUCAUUGUUGAAGAAAUUGUACAGACACAGACAGAAGUUUGUAAUAUAAUCAUACUUUAUUUUUCUUAGUUUUUAUGUAUUUGGUAUUAAAAUAAUCGUCAAUGAACAAAGAAAAUGGUGAUAUUUUAAAUGUAUUUUUCUGUGUAGGAGGGCAAAGAUCACUCUAAAAACUAUAAAUAAAUAAGAGUACUUUCUUAAA